AGAUGCUUGGCUUUUCCUUUUGCUUCACUUUUACUUUCUACUCGUAUCCAUCAUUCUCUCUCUGAUCUCAAGAAACAAUCUCAAUCUCCCAACACAUAAACACUACUAACACUCAUUACUCUUCAAGCAGCUUCUCAGAUUCAUCAGCUCUUAUGGAUCAUUUGUUACAAAACCAGGAUGUGUUUGGGAAUUAUAACAAAGCAAGAGAAGCCAUGGGAGUAUCAUAUUCAUCAAACCCAACACAAUCAGAUGAUCAGGAUCAGAAGAAACGUUCGGCUGCAGCGACAAGGCCACAGCCACCGGAGCUAGCUCUGAGGUGUCCACGUUGUGACUCAACAAACACAAAGUUUUGUUACUACAACAACUACAGCCUCACUCAGCCUCGCUACUUCUGCAAAUCAUGCCGGAGAUACUGGACUAAAGGCGGAACCCUGAGGAACAUCCCCGUCGGAGGAGGCUGCCGGAAAAACAAACGGUCCACAUCUUCGGCUACAAGAAGCCUCAGAACCACCCCAGAACCGGCGUCCCACGAUGGGAAAGCAUUCUCCGCGGCGAGUUUCGGUGGGUAUAGUAACAAUGAACAGAUUGAUCUCAGCUUAGCCUUUGCCUUGCUGAACAAACAACCUCCGGGGAGUUCUGCACAUCUAGGGUUUCCUUCGGAAUUCAGUAGCUCUCAUCAGUCUGACAUGGAGAGUGUGUUUGGGACAAGCCAACAAAAGGGGAAUACUGGUUAUGCGUUUGGAAACGGGAGUAGCGGUUUGGAUAUUGGGAUGGGUGAUUCAAGCAGGGUCUUGUGGGGGUUCCCAUGGCAGAUGAAUGGAGAGAGCUUUGGGAUGAUGAACAUAGGAGUGGGUGUAAAAACAUCUCGUUUGUUUGUUGGACAGAUAGUCAAAAAGUACACUACUAAUAAGGAUUUAGGUUAA